AUCUUUAGCUGAAAAGGGAACUUGAUUUUUAUUUUAGAUUCUCUUUUCUCUCAGCUGUUCAGAUGAACUUUCACUACAUACUUUGUGAGGCAUUGAAGACCUUUGUAUCACAGCUCCUAACAGGACCUCCCCUCUCCCUGCUCACUUAUCAUAGAUUAUGAAAUGUGUGUGCCACAUGGGUUGAUAUAAAAAGUUUUCUGGUUAUCUUUGUAUUCUUGUCAGAGCCAAAGGGAUCAGCAUAAGUCUUUUGAAAAAGACUGCAGAGAGAAAGUCACGAUCCUGGCACAGAUGGCAACUGCAGGGAAGGUCAUUAAAUGCAAGGCAGCGAUAAUCUGGGAAGCUGGCAAAACGCCUUCUGUUGAAGAGGUGGAGGUGGCACCUCCAAGAAGUGGUGAAAUCAGAGUGAAGAUAGUGGCUACUGGGAUCUGUCGAACUGAUGAUCAUGUCCUGAAAGGUUUUUUCCCUAACAUAAGCUACCCAGUUAUUGCAGGCCAUGAAGGAGCUGGAAUUGUUGAGAGUGUUGGACCAGGAGUCACCUGUGUAAAGCCAGGUGAUAAAGUAAUUCCUCUUUGCCUGCCUCAGUGUGGAGAAUGUGACUGCUGCUUGAGUCCAAAAACUAAUUAUUGCCUCAAGAACCACUUCCAGGGAUCUUUUCAAAACUGGAUGCCAGACAAGACUAACAGGUUCACCUGUAGAGGAAAACAGGUUUAUCACUUCCUGUGGACAAGUACCUUCUCUGAAUACACAGUUUUGCCUGAAGCUUCCAUUGUAAAAAUCAGUGAUGAGGCUCCGCUGGAUAAAGUCUGCCUCUUUGGCUGUGCCUUCCCCACUGGUUAUGGUGCUGCUAUCAAUACCGCUAAGGUUGAGCCUGGUUCUACCUGUGCCAUCUUUGGCUUGGGAGGUAUUGGUCUGUCUGUUGUCAUUGGCUGCAAGACAGCCGGAGCAUCGAGGAUCAUUGGGGUUGACAUCAACAAGUCCAAAUUUGCAAAAGCCAAAGAAUUAGGAGCCACUGAGUGCAUUGCUCCUCAAGAUUUCAAGAAGCCCAUCAAUGAGGUGCUCAUGGAGAUGACUGGUCUUGGUGUGGAUUAUGCAUUUGAAGCGAUUGGACGUAUUGACACAGAGGCCACUGCCCUCUCAUCCUGUCAUGCUGGUCAUGGAGUCUGUGUGCUGAUUGGGGAACCCCCUGCAGGAUCCCAGCUUUCCAUCACUCCUAUUCAGCUCAUAUCAGGGAGGAAACUCACAGGCUGUUUGGUUGGAGGCUGGAAGUUGAAAGAUGCUCUCCCUAAACUAGUUUCUGAUUACAUGAACAAGAAAUUUAACACAGAUACCUUAAUAACUCAUGUACUGCCCUUUGAGAAAAUUGGUGAAGGCUUUGAGCUGCUACAAACUGGGAAAAGUAUCCGCUGUGUCUUGUUGUUUUAACCCAGC